CCUGCCGCCUGCCGCUGCCUCAGGAACCACGUGGGGUCUGCCUCAGCGCCGCUCCCGCGCUUUCUCUGACUGACGAAAGAGUUUGUGCUACCAGGAUAUGAUGGAAAAUCACCUUGUAAAACCUGAUUCUAGAAAUUGCAAGAGGCCGAGGGAAGUGGAGCCUGAAAUGCCAGACAGUCCACUGCUGUCCUCUCAUGAAAAAUCAGAUUCCCCAUUCUCUGACUAUUCUGGAUUAUUUCAUAAGGAUUUGACCCUGGAGAAAGAGUUGAAUGAUACGAGCAAGGAAAUUAAUCUAAUGUUUUUUACAUAUGCAAAGAUCUUAAGUGAGAGAGCAGCAUUAGAUGCAUCCUACAUUAAUGAGAUAGAUGGACUCUUCAAAGAAGCUACUACUAUUGAGAAUUUUCUGAUACAAAAAAGAGAACUACUGAGACAGAGGCUUACAGUAAUUGCAAACACACUGCACAAGUAAAAUGUGUAAAAUAAGUUGAGAAUGUAAACCUGUUAUUGUUGUAAUAAAAGAAAGACCUUUAUACUUUGAAAGUUCCCUAAUCAUUCAUUAAAAUGUAUAUCUGAAAUAGGGAAUUUUUUUCUAGACUUAAAAGGGAUCUUGCACUGGACAUUUUUUAAAGCUGGAAAUUAAUAUGAAAUGUGAAACUUUCCUUUUGAGGGUUCAA